AUGUCUGAUGAUUGUUUCAAAUUGUAUCCCUAUCAGAAGCCAGCGCCGGUCGAGGUCGAGGCGAUUGCCGAAACCAAAGCCCCGACACCCGCGAAGGAAACGUCAGAGCAGAAGAGCCCCAAAGCGUCUACCCGGUCCGCGGAUACAGGUCUUAAGCACACAUAUACAGGCUCGCAAGUGACCUCCGAUGCACCACCACGGAGAGCUAACUCUGGUCUCAAACACACGUAUACGGGCUCGCAAGUGAACUGGAGUGGUGACGGUGAUAGCGCUAAAGCCCUGGCAUCGAAGUCUUCCUCUUCCUCCAGGAGCACCAGUGCUACGUAUAGCAGGCCUCCCUCGGUAGGCAGAACCGCAACCAGAGGUAACGAAGCCAGAGACAGAGCAGAAGAGGAGGCACGGGAGAAGAUUGAAGCCGUCAGGGCGGAGCGAAUGGCACGAGAGAAAGAAGAGCAAGCACGCGCACAAGCGGAACUGCUACAGCGCGCCGAGGUCGAAGCCAAAGACCGCGAGGCCACCGAAAGGCGCGUCCGAGAGAAGCUCGAACGGGACACCAAGGAGAAACAGGACAGGGUAGCCCGAGAAAACGAGGACCGGAUGCACCAAGACGCGGAACGGAAGGCGCGGGAAGCGGAGGAAGCGAGAGAGUUAGACAGGCAGGAGAAGGAAGAACGUGAACGAGAGAUGCACGAGCAGACGGCCAGGGAAGAAGCGGCGAGGGCCCUCGAGGAACAAGCCGCACACGAACAAGCACAGAACGAACAGAGAGAGAGGGAACGUGCAGAGGCCGAGGCACUUGAGGCUGAGCGUGAACGGGAAGUGCAAAGGCAGCAAAACGAGCUACGUGCACGUGAGCGUGCACAGGCAGAGGAACAGGAACGGGAACGGGCCGAAGCAGCCCGUCUGCAAGAGUUGGCCCAACAAGAUGCCGAGCGCAAGGCACGCGAAGAGGAAGAGCGGGAACAGAGGUCACGUGACGAGGCACAAAGGGUUGCUGAACAGCUACAACGUGACCAAGAAGCACACGCGCGAGACGAGGAGAUGCGCAAGUUAGCGGAGCAGGAAAGCAAGGAGAGGGACGAGAUGGCGGCCAUUGCGGCGGUGGAGGCUGAGCAGAGGAGUGCUGAGGUGAAGCAGGCGGUGGACGAAGGAGAAGGGGACGCGGACAAGGAGCUGGAGGAGUAUGGCUACUAUGCGAUAGCCCAGUACGACUACACAGCAACCGAUGAGACGGAGAUAUCGUUUAAUGAACACGAUUACAUCUACCACAUAGAGGCGGUUGAUGAAGGCUGGUGGACCGGCAUGGAUCAAGAAGGGAACCUUGGAAUGUAA